AUGCACACCAAAGCUCGAACCAAAGCUGACAUUAGAAACGCCUCUAUCGAACACGCUGUUCGUCACUAUAACGCCUUCAUAUCUCCCUACUCCUAUGGAUCAUGUCUCCCUGCCUACCCAAACCACAAUGUCCAUCGAUAUUUGACUAUUAUGCCUUCUAUUGGAUCGCCUUUCAUCGACCCAUACUCACAGUCCGGGAUGGGCGGUAUGGGCAUGAUGAAUCCCAUGAUGAUGGGCAUGAUGAAUCCCAUGAUGAUGGGCAUGAUGAAUCCAAUGAUGAUGGGAGGAUAUGGCAUGAUGGGAGGCGGACUGGGCUCUGGGGCCUACGGACAAAUCGCCUUGGUAUUUCUGAUCAAACAUCGUUAUCCUUCAAACUCUGUACAAUGCAAAUCUUGUCAUUCCUUCUCAACGCAUCAUGCUGUGCCUGUUCCAACGUCAUGGUCUUCAACAGAUGCCAAGGUAUCCACCGGGAGGGCAGGAAGACAAUCGGAUGCUUGCCCAACCGCCAAGAUCCUGUCGGCAGUGCGGACACCGAGCCGUGUGUCAUCAAUGCGGGCACGACCAGUAGCUCCGUUUCUUGCCUUCCCUUCCCUCUCCUGCCUCUUGGUGUCCCUCCACUGUCAAACGGGUUUAUCUGCGCCUGACAUCCAUCCCGUCACCUCAUAUACAGUCUAG